CGAUAUAUAUGUAUCGGUAAUCGGUAUAUUGAAAAGCUGCAAAACUAAAAAGCCCGUGAAACAUUUUCCACCUGCGUUUAAAAUGAGCUCCAAAUCCUUAUUCGAGAGCGACGACGAUGCCGCCCAGGACAACAAAUUGGCCAGGAAGGCCAAGGACAGCCCGUUCAUGCUAGUGGGCAUUGCUGGAUUCGUGGCCGCCGGACUAAUUGGAGCCUACAAGUACAAGAACCGCGGAACGAUGAGCACCAGCGUAUUCCUGAUGCAGCUGCGUGUGGCCGCCCAAGGAACUGUCGUAGGCUGCUUGACCGUUGGAUUGGCCUACAGUAUGGCCAAGGAGUACCUCUUUGACAAGGCGCCCAAGGAGAAUACCAAGUCAUUGACUAACUAAACUCAUGAUUGUAAGACAUCCCUCUUCGAAAGUCCCCUCAAGAAAGAUACACUGGGAUAAAAUCGGCUGGCCCACUUUAAUGUAAGCAAAAUGUAUCUCUAUUUAUGUAUUUCACCAAAGAAAUAUCAAAAAGUUCGCACCGAUCGAGAGAGGGUGAAGACCACCGGAAGAGGGCUGGACUCUAAACAAGUAUUUCAAAGUGUCCAAGCCAUGAGAACUAGAUAAUGUUUUGUAUACCUGCGUAAGAUUGUGAUAAUGUUUGUUUUAAUUGUACAAGUUGGACAUCCAAGCUAAAGCUGUCGAGGACAGACGACAAGAUGAAUGAAUACCUCUCACAACAUAUAAUAUAAUUAAAUAAAAAUUAGUAGGCUAAAACGAAAGAUGAA